AUGAUCAAUCAUGGCGAAACUGUUGAUGCUUUGCUCAAGUCAAAGUCAAGUGUCAAAGGCCAUGAGUAUGAUGUCUGCUCUAGUGGUUGUCAAUUGUAUGGCAUUAAUGACGACCAGGAAUCUUGUGUUGACUGCGGCAAACUGCGAUACAAGACUGAUCCCAAUCAAAGUCAGGCACCAGCUGCCAGUAUGAAACUUAUGUCAGUCAGGGAUAUGCUUUCUCAAAUGUUGACAGAUCUAGCCACAAGAGAACUCCUCUAUUACAGAGCAAACCGGGAAUCUGUAGCUGGUCAGCUAACCAACAUUUUUGAUGGUGACAAUUACAAGCAGUUGGUGCAGCAGGGCCUGUUCUCUAAUCCCAAUGAUAUUGCCAUUGGGCUUUAUACCAAUGGGUUUCACAAUGGAGUGGAGCAUUGCAGAUCCAAGGUCUAUCUGCUGCUUACUUCUGACGAUAUUCCAGCUGUAGCUGAUAUGGCCCACAUUGGUUCUCAUACAAGUUUAUUUGGUUGCCGUUUUUGUGAGACCAAAGGCAAAUGCCCUACUAACAGACGGCAUGGCAUGUACUUUGAUGACAUUUCCACCCAGUUAAGACCUUUGGAAGACUUCAAAGUAGGCAACCCUUGUUUCCGACCAGUGCAACAUUACCUGGUCCAUAUACCCUAUAUCAUCAAGCAGCAAGGCCCCCUGCAAUGCUACUCCACUUGCUCAAUGGAGAGAGUAAUUGGCGUCUUCUCCAAAUUGAUAAAGUCCAAAUCAAAGGGUGGCCGAAAUGCCAGUUUUCUCGUCAAGCAAUUUGCAAUUCACAAUUAUACCAACAUGGCAAUCAGCAUCUGUGAUGAAAUCAACCUCAUUCGGCCAAAGCCAUAUGGAAGAGAAAGCUACAUGGACCUUCCUAAUGAUCCUAGUAGUGCGCAGUUAUGGGAGCCAUUUCAUCAGUUUGUUAAUUUGAACAAUGAUUUGGUGGAAGGUGUAGGCGGCCCUAGUGUGAAGGAAGCUUUAUUGAAAUACUACCGGAGAACAACAGGCUUGACUGGCCAUGAGUUUGGUGACUCUGUUGUUGUUGUAGCUGCACGUCUGUGGAUGGACUUGACUUCACAAAGCACCUGUACACUAGGCUACCAAACGCAACCAACUUAUGCAACUAUAAGUGAAAAUGACAUUUGUCAUCAAGUUGGUCUGGUCCAAUACCCACCAAAUGGAAACCAGUUUUAUAUAAUUGUGCCCUAUUAUAUCUUUAACAACAACAUGCGCAUUACUAAAGGCAAUCUUUUUAUUCUGUAA